UGACAUCUCCACCCUGCUCCUCUUCCAUCAACAAUUAUGUGCUGCCAAGUACCAACACCUUCCUUGUUUGAGUCCUACAAUAAAAUGGCAGUUGUAGGUGCUGCCAUGUCCAUCUUCUAUAUAUGUAUUCUUCUCAGCCUAGUGGAGGCCCCAUUUGUAGUUUGGUGAACACCUUCCUUUCCUCACUAGAAACCAAAAUGGCAGCCAGGAUGCCUUGCCAUCAUCACCCUUCUUCCACCUCCUCCUCCAUGGCCAUGAUCAGCCCAUGGUCUGGCACAAGGAAGUCGGCCUUCAGGUUCAGCACCUCUGCUCAUGGCAGCAGUUCUUCAUCAAACCUCUCCUUUACUGCUGUGACAGACAAGAAGAAGGUUUAUGAGGAUCAAUUGAGAGGGAUCAUCUGCUACAGAGAUGACAACGGGGAGAUGAUCUGCGAAGGGUAUGACGAAGGCCCCAGGCUCGGAAUCCGGUUGCCGGAGAAGGCCUGCUUCCCAUGGCCUGUGGGAAUUCAGGUCACUGAUUUCAUCCAGCUGGCGACGCUUCAGGUUUUUGAGGAUGUCGAUGUUCUUCAGCUCAAGGAUGAUCAGAAGAGGAAUCUCUGAGCAUGUAACUAAUCAUAUAGGCAUAAUUGUGUCAAAUGAUGCUAUAAAAGAAUAACUGCAUGUAUGCAAGGUGUUGCACUUAGUUACUGAUAGUAGCUCGUCAGAUUAUGUUCAGAGUUUUGGGUUUUAUAUAAAAAGAAGUAGAAAUGAUAUUGUUCUCAGCAAUGUACUGCUGAAAGCAGACUUAAUUGUUUGUACAUAAUCACUUUCUGCAAGUAUUAGAACGUUUAUAGCAUAACUCCGUAUGCAUAUAAAGUGAGGAAAGGAGACCUCAAUAUCUGAUC